AUGCCAUCCCAAUCCGCCUCUAUCCAGUCAUACUUCCCGCCUCUAUCCUCACCCGUGACGUCUCAACUCUCCUCUCAAUCACCACCAGAACCCCGCAACAGCAGCAACAAUGCCAGCUCUUCUCGCGCGACGACAGCAGCACUGCACGGCAAGCCAAUGCCCCCUGAUCAACCCAUCGCAGCAUCACCCACCUUCAUCCCCGGCGACGGCUUCACCCCCGACGAAUUGGCCACCGGCACCAAUAAUUCCACGAAACCAAUGUCACUCAUUGCUUACAACAACCCUUUCACCCCACGUCAUGGCGUCCCAUACAAAGAGGUCUCACUGAGGGACUUGCGACCGACGGUCACGACGAAUGAAGGUGUGUGCUUCACCGGGAGAGUGUUGAACGUGUACAGCGGCCCGCCGGCGGCAGAUAUGGCGACAUAUCCAAACAAAGCGCCGAGGGGUGCGGCAGGGUGCGUGAAGUGUACGGUGGGAGAUGGGGAGGGGGUUGCUGUAGUCCGCGUCUGGCACUCGAAUCAAACGCGCUACCCGCUGCAUCUGGGCGUGUUGGUCACUGUCUGGACUACGCAUGUCUUCUUCGUCGCGGGAGGAGGACACUAUGAUACCACCGCCGGCGCCGAGCUCGGUGGAAGAAAACAGCAGCUGUAUACAAGCGUCUUUCCGGAGCGCGAGCGCGGCUGUCAUGUCCAGAUCCAUCCGAAUGGUGUGGAGGAGAAUCGGAUGAGGUGCCGCAAGCCUCUCCCGCUUGGUGGAAGUGGUGGUGGCGAUCAUGGCGGGGUGCAGCAGAUGAACAUCACCAAAGAACUUAUGACGCUGGCGGCGUUUGCGAAGGGUGGGCACGAGCGGGCGGAUGUGAAGGUGUUGGUUUGCGUAAAAAGUGUGGGAGCGAGGAAGAAGGUCACCCGCAAAGACGGCCACCCCACCGAAACAACAACCAUCCACCUCCUCGAUCACACCACCGCCUCCACCUCCACCUUCGCCUCACUCACCCUCUGGGGGGACGCUGCCGCCGCCACAACGACGUGGAUCCCACAUUCCACUGUCCUCCUCCUGACGCGUCUGGGGUGCCGCGUCGUUGUCUCGAGCAACAAUAACAAUACCAACGCCACUCCUUCUUCCACCAGCGCUACGGGCAGCUCGUCGUCGUUCAUCACGUCAGACGAUGCGACAUCGUCACCAACACACAUCUGGCUCUCCCUCACCGCCGCCUCGCUCGUCGAAGUCGACCCCUGUCCGCUGCGGGAUGCGGAGUGGUUGCGCGGGUAUGCUCGGCGGCUGCUUCUUGCCAACAGAGGGUCGCCUUGUACGGUCGCGUCGUGCUUGCCGUCUUCUUCUUCUUCGUCGUCGUCGUCUCCGACGGCGGUAGCGGGAUCGUUCCCGCUCCCGUUUCCGCCGCUCGCGCAGAUCGAGAGUGCGGAGAAGAGGGUUUUGUAUCGAAUUGCCGAUAUCGAUGAGGUUGCGCGAGGGUGUACCUCGUCCACCACCACCACCACCGCCAUCGGACAGAAGAACGAGAAGGAGAGAGGUGCAGAGCAUGAGGGCGGGGGCGAACGCGAGAAGAAAAAGGGGCCGCCGACGAUCGUCGGAUUCAUGAGCGUCCUCUUGACGCAGAUCAACCUCGUCUCGCUGUACAGACGCGGCGCGCUGGCGUGCGGCAAGUGUCCGAGGUGCGGGGGCGCCGUGUUUGCGAACGCAGUCGUCGGGAGGUGCGCGUGGUGUUGUUCUUCUUCUUCGCCUUCAUCCACUUCCCCCACGCCCCGGAAACUCUAUUCUUCUUCUCCUUCUACCCUUGGCGGCGACGACGGUCGUGGCACGGCAACACACGGCGAUGGCACUACACGCCGCGAUGGCAAUGGCACUGGCACUGGCACUGGCAGCACCCACGGCAAUGCAACCACCACCACCACCACCGGCGGAAAUCCACAACCACCCGCCCACCACCACCACCACGAGAAGCAGAAUAAAAAACCAAAACCCGAAGCCUCCGUCCCACUAGAACUCAACCCCCACAUCCUCGGCCCCCUCAUCGACGAGACGGGCGUCGUCGCCGCCGGGCGGCUCGUCGUCGUCCCCGAGGCGUGGGCGCAGCUGUUCGGGUGCGGCAGCGUGGCGGGGUUUUUCGCCGCGCUCGCGGAGGUCGCAGCGGAGGACGGAGGGGGCGUGAGCGUCGUCGUUGAGGGGUUGAGGAGACUGGAGGCGCGGAUGGCGUGGGUGAGGGUCACGUUGGUGGUGGGGUGGGUGGAGGGGUGGGGCGUCGGUGCGGUGCCGGUGCCGGUGGCUGGGGCGGGUGUGGGUGGGGAUGGGGAUGGGGAUGAGCUUGGGGCUGGGGCUGGAGUGGGGAGGUUGUGUGUUUUGGGGGUGAGGGAGUGA